AUGUUGUUCCUGAUGUCAAGAGGUAAUUUUGAGUUACACCGAUUUGUGCGCGCAUCCAUUUUAUCAGUCUGCUCCGACCUGCUCCUUGAUGUUAAAGCCCCUAUCCUGUCUUUUGAUGCUGCCGUCCAUGGUCAUUUCCAUCCCUCUCUCAAAUCCGCUGUCUCUCUCCCCUUCCCAUAUUUUUCUUCCCUCUUCGUCGACAUUGUCUCUCAUCUCUUAUCGGAAAUGGCGUUCCCAUCGUCCCACGAAUCUCCGGAGGAGCUUGCUGCCAUGAACGACUUCAGAGUAAAUAUCUGGUCCGCCUUCCAGCCCUAUUACGAGGAUAAAUGGGAUCAAGAACUAUGGGAUGCCGCCGUCGCUAGAUUCAAGGCGGCACAUGAUCCCGUCGUCGUCACUAGAUUUAUGAAAAAGGCGCGCCUGCCCGCGUGGGAUGCCUUAGAGGACCAGAUGAGGAAGGGUCCCCCGGCAUUCCUGCGCCCAGGAUGGACCAGCCCUCUUCUGGGCAGCAAGACCGAUUUAGAGUGGCUCGACAUGGACAAGUUCGAAUGCAUCCGCCCGAGCAAGGAUGACUGGCGGGACAAGAAGGUCCUCAUCAUAGAAUAUUGGGCGUCGUGGUGUCGACCGUGCCAUGUGGUGUGCGGCAUCCUGUCGAACAUUGUUGCCACGGAGCCCGAUGUUAAGGUUAUCACGUUCAACCACGAAGGCAUAUUUACAAAGGCGGAGAUAGACAGGGCCGUCGUGAAGAACUUUAUCGAUUCAAGAAACGAUAUGGACUACCCAAUUUAUAUUGAUUCGGAGCGUGUUGCCGUCGAAGCACUAUUCGAGCCAGGGCAGAAUCUCUCUAUCCCACUCGUCUUUGUUAUCACCAUAAGAGACCAGAUCAUCCGCUGGAUAGGUAAUCCGGAAGAGAUCGCAGCGCCUCUCGAGGACAUCUUGAAGUCCGUGUAG